AUGAGAUUGCUUCAACGUCCACGUGAAUGCAACUGGACGACCGCAGGUGUCGGCCCCAUGCUGGAAGCGAAAACGUGGCUGGAAACGGCCAUGGACGGAGAUGCAAGCAGAGGCCCAGGUGUUAGAUGCCGCUUCACCAUCUCGAAGACGUGGUCUUUGACAGAGAAUUCAUGUCCGCAGGCAGGCGUCUUUCAUACUCCCCCUGAUGCCACCGGCUCAGUGUCUCAGCGUAGCUUCCGCCUGCUGCUGGUGCCGAAUCUUGUGAAGCUUCACCGGUGCCGAGCGCCUGCUUUGCAUGACAAGUGUGAAGGAGACCAGGCCGCAUAA